GAGAAGGACUGGACCCUGUGAGAGAAGGACUGGACACUGCGAGAGAAGGACUGGACACUGCUAGAGAAGGACAAAAGCCAACAAGAGAAGGACUGGACCCUGUGAGAGAAGGACUGGACACUGCCGGAGAAGGACUGGACCCUGCGAGAGAAGGACUGGAUACUGCUAGAGAAGGACUGGACACUGCGAGAGAAGGACAAAAGCCAACAAGAGAAGGACUGGAACCUGUGAGAGAAGGACUGGACCCUGCGAGAGAAGGACUGGAUACUGCUAGAGAAGGACUGGACACUGCCGGAGAAGGACAAAAGCCAACAAGAGAAGGACUGAAACCUGUCAGCAUGAGUACUGCACCCCCACAAACCUCUCCGUCUCCGGCCUCCAGUAGCUCCACCACCAUCAGUAACCCUGCAGAUAUCUCAGUCAUCGUGGGAUAUUUUGUCAUUGUCAUCGGUGUCGGCUUUUGGUCCAUGCGACGCGCGAACCGAGGAACCGUAGGCGGAUACUUUCUGGCAGGGAGAAGCAUGAGCUGGUAUACGGUCGGAGCCUCCCUUUUUGCCAGUAACAUUGGCAGUGGUCACUUUGUCGGACUGGCGGGAACCGGGGCGGCGGGCGGCAUCGCUGUGGCUGGAUUCGAGUGGAAUGCGCUCUUUGUGGUUUUGCUCAUGGGAUGGAUCUUCGUUCCUGUUUACCUGACGGCUGAGGUGAUGACGAUGCCCGAGUACCUGAAGAAGCGUUUUGGAGGGGAGAGGAUCCAGCUGUACCUGACCGGACUGUCUCUGGCCAUGUACAUAUUCACCAAGAUCUCAGUGGAUAUGUUCUCUGGAGCCGUGUUCAUACAGGUGGCCUUGGGUUGGAACAUUUACCUGUCGGUCAUCGCCCUCCUGGUCAUCACCACAAUAUACACCGUGACUGGGGGUCUCGCUGCGCUCAUGUACACAGAUACAGUUCAGACGUUUGUCAUCAUUGCUGGAGCUUGUGUCCUCGCUGGAUACGCCUUCGGGGAGGUCGGCGGUUAUAGUGCGCUCAUGGAGAAGUAUAUGGAGGCCCGGCCUAGUUACUUGGGGAAUGUGUCUGAACUGUGCGCAGCACCGCGGCCGGAUUCCCUCCACCUGUUACGUGAUGCCCAGUCUGGGGACCUACCAUGGCCGGCUCUGCUGGUGGGGCUGACUAUUGUGUCCACAUGGUAUUGGUGCAGUGACCAGGUGAUCGUUCAGCGCUGUCUGGCUGCCCGUUCUCUGACGCAGGUGAAGUUGGGUUGUGUGUUAUGUGGGUACCUGAAGAUUCUCCCCAUGUUCCUCAUGGUAAUGCCCGGGAUGAUAAGCAGAGUCUUGUAUCCAGAUGAAGUUGCCUGUGUUGUGCCAUCCGAGUGCCAGCGGAUCUGUGGUGCGGAGAUCGGGUGCUCAAACAUCGCCUACCCAAAGCUGGUGGUGAAGCUGAUGCCCCAAGGUCUCCGUGGUCUGAUGCUGGCGGUCAUGCUUGCGGCCCUCAUGAGCAGCCUGGCCUCCAUCUUUAACAGCAGUGGGACUCUGUUCACCAUGGACGUGUGGAGAAAACUGCGGCCGCGGGCGGAGGAGAAGGAGCUGCUCCUGGUGGGACGGGUGUGGACCGUCUGUCUCGUGGCCUUCAGCAUCGCGUGGAUCCCUGUGGUCCAGGCCGCACAAGGAGGUCAGCUCUUCGACUACAUCCAGUCUGUGGCCAGUUUCCUGGCUCCGCCCAUCGCUGCCGUCUUCUUCCUGGCGCUAUUUGUGAAAAGGGUCAAUGAACCGGGGGCGUUCUGGGGUCUGGUCGGGGGGCUGGUGCUGGGUCUCUGCCGUAUGGUGCCAGAAUUUGUCUUUGGUUCUGGAAGCUGUUCGGCCCCCGGCUCCUGCCCGGCUGUGAUCUGCGGGGUCCACUACCUCUACUUCGCCAUCAUCCUCUUCUGUUCUACCAUCACCAUCAUCCUGGGAGUGUCUCUGUGCACCCCCCCAAUCCCACAAUCACAGCUCCAGCGUUUGGUGUUCAGUCUCCGGCACAGUCAGGAGCCGCGGGAGGAGACGGCGACUUCAGGACUGAGUGACUUUGAUCCCGAGGAGAAAGUGGCCCCGGCCCUCCCCAACAUCCAGGAAGACCCCCGACAGGUGCGGCUGGUGAACGUCCACGCCCUGAUCAUGAUGAGCGCCGCCAUCUUCCUCUGGGCUUAUUACGCUUGA